CUCUCUCGUCCUCGUGCUGGUUGCAGCGCUCACUCUCCUCCCGCUCUUUCGAUCCGCUCACGAAUUUCUGUUGGGCGCUUGCUGCCGAUUUGGUUGGUUAAUAUCCACCAGGACGGGAAAUUUCAUCGGCUCUCGCCAAUAAAUCCAUCAGUGUCCGUUUUCAACCAGCCGACUCCUUCUCGGCUAUCAUCCAUCCGUCACACAUUAGCACCGGUCACUGGAUAACCAUCACCUUUCUCGCACAGCUGUUGAUCCGCAACAGGCGGUGAGACACGAAUAUAUAAGAUGGCGAUGUCGGGAGAUAUCCAGCAGCAGCACCAUUAUUCGACAUCGUCGGUCAACAGCAGCAGCAGCCGCCACCAGCAAUCGUGGAGCCAACAACAUUAUUCCGGAUAUGAUAACGAUGAAGUCGAAGUCGAAGAAGAUCACGGAGCACAACUUCAUCAGCCGUUAUACCCCGCCUCUGAAUGGGAUCAAAAGCUAGAUCGGAUGCUGGAUGAGCUCCAGCUGAGUAUCUCGCCGCAGAGGAAAGCUGGGACUUCUGCGAGCAGGAUCGAAGGAAGUGCUGGGAGUGUGGGAGCCAAAGACACGUCAUCUUCUUAUUCCGUUACUUCCGGGUCUCAUCACCAAUCGUCGAGGCAAACUGUGAGCUCCAGCAACACGAGUCAGCAUCAAGAACAUCACCGGACGACACCAUCCAGUGCCCGUCGGGUGUUUGACACUUCAUCCAUUGCGUCCAAUCAUUCCCUGGAUCAAGGGGCCAGUCCUGCUUCCAUCAGAGCCGCCAGGUCCCAGUCGCCGGAGCAACACAUUCCUCAGACGGGAUCGUACAACGACGGACUGUUCGGCAAAGCUUUGUCGAGAGGUGGCAGCAUCAGCAGCGUUCGAUCGCAGAGUUCCCAGCAGCAACGUGAAUACCGCGAGUAUCACUCGUCCAACCAAACUCACGGCGGCGGAACUGUCCUUGUGGGAAUGCCUUCGUCCACGUCAGUCGACGACGGACGAUCCGACGAUGACUUUCAAGGAGCCACAACCUCCGUUUCGGAUAGAGCUAAAGCUUGGAGUAGUCGAGGUGUGGCUUAUAACUUUGCGUCGGAAUCCACCAGCACUAGCAAGAUCGGCGGUACCGGAGUCGAUGGCGAGGUGGAAACGGUCGUCAAAAAGAGCCAACUCGUGAAAACGUCUUCCAAUGGUCAACAACCGUUGGGAUAUGGGGCGGAUGAAAUCGAUUCGGCACUUCAAGAUUUGAUGAUUGUGAGCAAAAUGGCCACUAGAUCAACCCAGCAGCAGGCUCCAGUGUUGGAUAACAGAGAAAAGCAAUCCGCCCGGACGAUGGUCCAAUCGCAUACGCAUCAAUCUCAACACGUCCAAUCAUCUGGCGCUUCUGCCCCGGUAGUGAUGCAGUCUGGAACUGUUGGAAGUAACAGUUUCAGCUCUAGCAGCAGUCGACAACAGUUUUACAGUUACAGUAGCAGCAGCAAAGCUGCCACCUCCGAAUCCGCCGAAAUGCCGAUCCAGUCAACGGGGGCCGAUAAUCGAAUGCAAUCCAUGUCAAUCAGCUCGUCUAGUUUAGCGUCUGCCACUCACCAUCAUCACGUCAUUGAUUACACAAGGAUCAAUCAAAGGCAGAUGAGGGCCGCCGGAAUUCAUUCACUCUCGCAACAGCAGCUCAAUAGCCCCAUCUGUAAUUUUCCGGAUCACGAAGAUUAUCCAAUGUACAAUCUUCGGAUUAUUCCCGAAUCAUCGGGGCUCUUGUGUAAUGUUGCAAAGCAUCCACAACCCAUGUGCAAUUUAGAGCGCCACCCCAAUUUCCCUUUGUACGCAGCAUCACCUCCGUGUCCAGCAGGAUCGCAGGAAACAACUCCCGUUUGCAACAUCAAAGUUCAUCCGGCCAUUUUAUGCAACUAUCCCCAUCAUCCGGAUUACCCCAAUUUCGCCACUGGCUGCCCCCCGGCGGACAAAGAGUCGAUCUGCAACGUUCCCUCGCAUCCGGAAUUGUUGUGCAACUUGCCCAAACACAGCGAUUAUCCGAAACACGCCUCCCGCUGUCCUCCGCCCGAGAUCGAGCCCAUCUGCAACAUUGACCUCCCGAAGGGGCAUCCGCGCGUCAUUUGCAAUUUCAUCCGACAUCCGCACUAUCCGAAAUAUUGCAACCCCAAGGCAACUGGACAACAACCCAACACUGUCUGCAACGUACCCGGACAUGUGCUGGAUAAAUGUAACAUCCCCGAACAUCCGGAUUUUCCGGACUUCAAGGCAAAGAAACCGCCAGUGCAAAUCGAAGGCAAUAUUAACACUCCGACACCAAAUGACGAUUUACCAUUGUGCACGGUUCCUGGACAUCCAAUGCUGCUCUGCAAUGUCCGUGUACAUCCAGAUUAUCCAAAGUUUACUCAUCCGGAAUUGCCUGAAUUCUCUGAGGCUGUUGCUGGAUUGGUUUGCACAAUCCCCAGCCAUCAACACGGCCGAAGUCCUAUGCCUUCUAAGUGUAACAUACCUGGACAUCCAGGAUAUCCAGAUUAUAUGUCACUGACUGAACCUCAAACUGAGCCGUUCUGUGACGUUCCCGGUCAUCCUUUUGGAUUGUGCAACAUCCAGACGCAUCCGCAAUAUCCGGAAUUGAUGGGCCCAGAGGAUCGAGACGCCGCUCCUUAUUGUUUCAUCCCUUCACAUCCUGAACUGCUCUGUUCAAUUGAAACUCACCCCGACUACCCGGGUUACAUGACUGAAGCUGAAAUGCCUUCAGAGCCCAUCUGUAAUGUUCCUCGACACCCGGCUGUAAGGAGAAAUCCGCCGAUUCCAAAUCUGCAGGAUCCUUUUGCCAGUCCUUAUGCUAUACCCACUACCAUUAAACCUAAAAUGUACCAACGAGGGAUCGGUGGUUCUCCUCUGCCGACAAUCAGACGCCCAGAAAUGGAUCCUGGCCUCCAAUCGCCUCCCAAGAAACUGGACGACUUGAUGGAUACGUUCAACGGUGGCCCCUACCAGCCAUUCACGUCGACGCCUCGUGUGGCAGCCGAUCCCACGGCAUUUUCUGCUCCAAUUCACGAAACGAAUGGAACAACUUUGGUUCCCAAGGAACCUUUAUUCGCUGAAACACCCAAGAGACCUGCCACUAACGGUACCAACGGACCUCCCGUUUAUUAUCCACCAGAAACCAACGACAUGUUCACGAAAACACCUCCUGAUGCCCCACUCCUAAUGCAACAAUCGCAUUCGAUGUCUAUGGGAGGUGGAGGCAAAGGCAAAAUGAAGUAUUCUGCCAAAUAUUCUGCUGGCGGCUCUGAAUCGGAUACCAAAUUUAAGGCAGGUGCUGGUGGUGCCGCCGUCAUUCCCAUUUGCCUUCCCGUCUGCUGUGCUAUGCCCUGUGUCAUUAUGUAAACAAUUAAAAGACCGACUAAAACAGAUUAAAUUUAACACCAAUAAUAAUGAAAUCUCCGGAAAAAAUAUUUGGCAGUAACAUGGCAAAGAAGUUCCUCGACAGUUUAUGUAACUUUUUAAGGGAUUCCAUAGUGAUGGUCUACAUUAGCCAGUAUCCGAAUAAUUUGCAGAGGGAACGUUGCAGAUCGACUCUUCAGUAUCCGAAUUUAUUCAUCGGAUUUGUGCUGAUUUUAAGCUAAUAGACAUACACAGGGAAUUGUUCUUUUGGCCUAUACAUUGAUUGAAACAUCGUUUGUGACGUUUAGGUGGCUUUUAAGAAGUAGAAAUGAAGAAAUAAAGAUAAUGUAUGAAAUAAUGAUGAAGCAUAUGAUUAUUGAUGUAACCUAAUAAAUAUCUAUUAAUUA